AUGCUAAGCUCGAUAAGUACAAAAAUGGCUCCAAUUAACCCUAUUAAACAUUACGACUACAUUGUUAUCGGUGGUGGCUCCGGUGGUGUUGCUUCCAGUAGAAGAGCUGCUUCCUAUGGUGCUAAAACCUUGUUAAUUGAGGGGAAAGCUCUCGGUGGUACCUGUGUCAACGUUGGUUGUGUACCUAAGAAGGUCAUGUGGUAUGCUUCUGACUUGGCUACUAGAAUAUCACAUGCCAAUGAAUACGGUUUGUACCAGAAUAUGAAUUUAAAUAAGGAAAAUUUAACUUUCAAUUGGAAUCAAUUCAAGCAUAAGAGAGACGAUUAUGUUCACAGGUUGAAUGGUAUUUAUGAGAGAAAUUUAAUCAAGGAAGGUGUUGAUUAUAUUUUCGGUUGGGCCAAGUUUAACAGUAACGGACAUGUUGAAGUCACAAAGAAUGACAAUACCGUCGAGGUCUUUACCGGUUCUAAAAUAUUGAUCGCUACAGGUGGUAAACCUAUCUUACCUGACAACAUCCCAGGUUAUCAGCAUGGUACUAACUCAGAUGGAUUCUUCGAUUUAGAAGAACAACCAAAGAAAGUUGUUGUUGUUGGUGCUGGUUAUAUUGGUAUUGAAUUUGCAGGUGUCUUCCAUGGCCUUGGCAGUGAAACUCAUCUAGUCAUUAGAGGUGAAACAGUUUUAAGAAAAUUCGAUGAAAGUAUUCAGCAUACUAUUACAGAUCACUAUGCUAAAGAAGGUAUUAAUGUUCAUAAAUUAUCGAAAGUCACAAAAAUUGAUAAAGAUGCUACUACUGGUAAGUUGACCGUUUUUAUCAAUGAUACAGAAGUGUUAGAAGGCGUAGACCAAUUGAUCUGGACUAUUGGCCGUAAGUCUUUGUUGGAUUUACAAGUUAAUAACAUUGGUUUGAAGUUAAAUGACAGAGGUCAAGUUAUUGUUAAUGAAUACCAAGAGACCAACAUUCCAAAUAUAUAUUCACUCGGUGAUGUCGUUGGUAAAGUGGAAUUGACUCCAGUCGCAAUUACUGCCGGUAGAAAGUUAUCUAAUAGGUUAUUUGGUCCUGAAAAAUUCAAGAAUGAUAAAUUGGACUACACUAACGUUCCAAGUGUCAUCUUCUCUCAUCCAGAGGCUGGUUCAAUUGGUCUUACUGAACAGGAAGCCCUUCAAAAAUACGGCGCUGAAAACAUUAAAAUUUACAGCUCCAAAUUUACAGCAAUGUACUACGCUAUGUUAACUGAAAAAUCUCCAACUAAUUAUAAGCUUAUUUGUGCAGGACCAGAAGAGAAGGUUGUUGGUUUACACAUUGUUGGUGACUCUUCAGCUGAGAUCUUACAAGGUUUUGGUGUAGCUAUUAAGAUGGGUGCCACAAAGGCUGAUUUCGAUAACUGUGUUGCCAUUCAUCCAACUAGUGCUGAAGAAAUUGUCACUAUGAGGUAA